GCGCCACGGAUCCUUGGUGCUUACACCAGUCUGUUAAUUGUUAAUCUAAUUUGGUUUUCCGGUGAGAUAGAUGGAUAGAUGAAUUAGGGUUUAUCACUUUGUUCGCGUCUCCUUCUCUUCAAUUCUGCCCUUGCUGUCUUCUAUUACUCUAGAAAAUUAGGGUGAGGAGGAGGACUGCAUUGAUACCCCCAGCCAGCUGCGUUGUGAUUGGAAGCGUGGUUGAGGAAGAGUUAAUAAUAUGGAUGAACUCAGCGAAAUCUUGAAGAACAAUAGGACGCAAGAUAUCUCUUGGCUUUGCUCUCUCUCUGAAUCUGAACUGGAUUUGCUCAUCAGCUUAAAGAAGCUAGCCAUUCAUCGAGCUGAAAUAAGUGAUCACCCCGAACUAGCUGAUCAUUUUGAUCUCAAGUUGCUCCGAGCUCUCGGGCUUGUGCUAAUGGAACAUGUAAGAAAAAAGGAUGCUUGCCUUGAUCCAAGUGCUGGUCAUCAUCAUCAACUGAAUGGUUUGGAUAAGUGCAAUCUGUUGACAAUUAAUGUCGAUGAUACAGCCAUAGACAUUGAGGAGAUUGUGACUGGAAUCUGCGACAUCAAAAAGAAAAAGAAAAAACCCAUCAAAUUAACAAGUAAAUCUCGCAAAAGGAGGCGUAACAAGUAGCUCUGCUGCUGUUAGGGGGGAGGAGAGAAGACUCUUCAAUAAUGGAACACAUAUAUAAAAGGAAACAAUCAGGAUGUUUAUAUCAGCAAGAGCACAAAAGAUAGGAGGAUUUUGACCGAACAAAAUAUGCAAAAGCAUAGUGUGGUUGGCUUCUUUGGCCAAGCAAGAAGCUUACGUUGUUGUUGUGCUGUCUCUGUCUGGUAGAUUUAGAAAAAAUGGAUAGUUAGCUAAGGCAUGAUGAUGAUAUGAUUUUGUUUGUUGAUUUCAUAUCAAGGAAGGGAUUUCGUAGUAUGAGGACCCAAGUGUAUCUUCUUCAUCUCUAGCUUUGUUUUCAAAUGUUC